GGUUCGAGGAGCUGCUGGCAUCGAUGGAAAAAGACCCAGCCGCCUACAAGACCAGGUUCCCCACCGGCGGCAUUAUAGGGGUACUCCAGGACAAGCCCGAGCUGGAAGACAGGAUUCGUGCCCUUGCCAAGUCUUAUGCCGACAACCACGAGUUCUUGCCUCCGAUGAAUGCCGUUUGGAUGACGAGGGUUAUGCGAGAAGACUAUGAGGGGGCCAACAAGAUACUUCAGGAGUAUCCCCAGCUGAAAGAGAAGCUCAUGUUUGCAAAUCUGCUGAGGGCGUCCAGGGAGAAACGGAAGGAGGAAAUGGCUCGCUACGUGGCCGACACGGUGAUCUCGACAUCUGCCUAUUCCCCCGAAGCGAAGGGGCUCGUCUGCGGAAACCUGAUUAACGUGCUAGUGGCCUGCGAGAAGCUUGACGAAGCACUGCACGAACUGGAGACCGCGAGAACCAAGCACGGCCUGCAGCUGACCGACUUCAGAGUCUCGACACUGCAGACACUCAAAGCCGAGCUGACCUCGGCGGGAAAGCAGGUCCCCUUCGAAGUGCCCGAGGCGAGGGUACGAAGACGAAAGAGCAAGGACGACUCAAGCUCCAGUUCCGACGACAGCUCUGACGAGGACGAAGCAACCGCGUCCCGUUAAGAUCGGCCUAAUCCCGCCACAUCCCCUCCAAAGCCGUCAAAUUGCCGACACUAUUACCGCUGCCAUUUCACGUGAACAUUCAUUUCAGCUAAAGUCAAAAACCGCUUCGUAAUACACCAUUCCGUUUCCUUUGACAAUAAUAUGACAUUUAGAGACCGUCGCCGACGCAUUGUAGAGAUUGUACAGUUCCCUCGUAUGUUAGUGCAGACUGUGUGUACAUAGUUGUUUGUUAAUAAAAAGGUCAAAAGUUUGCUGCCUUA